CGAUAAAUAGAAGCAAAUAUCUCAUAAUUUUGAAAUUUUUUUCAAAAUUCAUUCAAUUAAAAUAUGCAGAAAGUGAUAAAAAUCUAACUAUAAGUUAGCAGUUAAGUGAAAAGUGAACAAUUGCCAUACAAUCGCAAGGAAACGCAGCAAAUUUCGGCGAAAAGAUUUGCUCGUACAUUUUUGGUGGGGUUACAGCUUUGACCAGAAACCAGCAAGAGCCCACAAAUCACGUAGUAUAAAAUUCUUCAGUGUUUAUUUAUUUUGGAUGAACUUUAUUUAACGAAUAAUUGGUGAAAUUUGUUAGUGGGCUUGGUAAAAAGCAUAAAAAUAAAGAUUUUCAUAUGUGCGAAUGGAUAUGAACAGUAAUAUGGAUGCUCUCGAUGAUACCUUAUCUUUGCCGGAAAUUAGUUUUGAUGAUUUUCUAGACUCGUCGCCCGUAAAGAAAAAUGGCAAAACCGCAGAUGACGAAGAUUCUUUGGAAUAUGAAAGUAAAUCGCUUGAAGAUGACAGUCUUAAUACUCCAGGACCUAAGAAAACACGCAUUGUAACAAAAGCAUUGAACACCAAUUACGUCACCAGUAAAUCCAUACCCAUGCGUUCCAAUCCUGUUAAGGCCGGUGGCAGCAAUCAACUGACAAGCUAUGCCAAGAAUGGUGCAAGUGGGAGUGGAGGUAAUACUUCAGCACCUAUUCUAUUGAAUAGCAAAAAUGUUUUGCCCAAAAUGGCCACUCAGAUAACUAACAGUUCGAUUAAGAUAACACCAAAAGCAACAACAUCAUCUUCGGCAGCUGGUGGCAGUGGUGGAGUGGUGAGCGCUAUUGGCUCAGGCAUUGCAAUGGGGGGUAAAACUGCUGUUAGAACCUCAACGCGACAAUUGAUAUACAUACAGAAGAGUACAACUUCGUCCGCAGCAGCGACGAACACAUCAAAAGCGGCAGGCAAUGUGAUCAGUGGAAAGCAACAAACUUCGAUAAAUGCAAAUACCAAUAGUGGAAAUAUGGGGGCUAGCUCCAGUGCCAAUGCCAACAAACCGGUAACCAUACAAGUUGUUCGCAAUUCCGAUGGUAGCUUUGUACCUUUAAAAACAUCCACGGCAGUAGCAGGUGUUAAGAAUGCCACUUUAACCCUAUCGCCUACUGCAUUGGCGGGCAGAAAGAUUGUAACCACCUCGGGAGGCCAGAUGUUCAUAAAAAGUGGCAGCACUACAACUGGAGUUGUCAAUCCCAAUGCCACAGCAAUGAAGACUUUGAUAAAACCUGUAACAGCUUCCUCGUCCGUCAAUACUGAGGGGGGCUCAAAGUCCAAAACAAUUGUGGUACAGACCACUGGUGGUGGUGGCGGUGAUUCAUUGCCAAAAUCCAAAGCCAUUUUCGUACAGAGUAAUACAGGAAAACAGAUUUUGGUAAGCAAUACGAAUUUGGUGAAAUUAUCUCCCAAACCUCAGACCACAACAAGUACCAGCAGCGGCUUGGCAUCAACGUCCAGCCAAGCUGGUGCUGCUGGAGGAGGAGGACAAUUGCAAACCAUACAAGUGGCCGGCAAACAAGGUGUACAAUAUGUAAGGGUUGUGCCAACUUCUUCUACAUCCAAGACCGGCGUAAGCCAAGCCAUUAAAACUGUAACAGUAAGCUCAGCAACAGCCACAUCUAUGGUAGGUGCUACCAAAAUGGUUACGGCAAUAGCAACAACAUCUUCAACGACACCCACAAUGGUUACCAGCUCUUCUGCUCCUGUGAAAAUAUUAAAUAACUUGCCUCAAAAGUUUACAGUGGUGCAAAAGGGUGGUGGCACCAAAGUUGUGCUGACCCAGAAAAGAGAUGCAAAUGGCAUUGAAUUUGCCCCGGUAGCCUCAAAGGUUCAAAAGACCAUGGUGACCUUGCCCAUUUUAAAGUCUAUAUCAGAGAAGACCACAGCGAAUGAAGCCAUUAAAACAUCCCACAAUACCACCACUAACACCAUCAAUGCCCAGACAUCUGCCACCAGUCAGCCGACUUUGAUGAGAAAACAUAAAAUUUCCGAAAUUAAUACGGAAAUAAAAAGGAUAACCUCAAGCGCGGACAAAGAAGACAAUGGUCCGCCGGAUAUAAAAAAGCCUACACCCAAUAGUCGUUUAGUUGUCAUAUCCAGUCACAAUGCACCAACUAUUUUGAAUAGUGGGGUACAACAGCAGGCGCGCUUGAAGACAGUUGCCAACAGUGGCUCGCUCAACACAUCCUCUGGUGGGUCGGUUACAUUGGUGCAGGGCACCAAAACGUUUGUGGCAACAUCUGCCAACUCCUCAUCCUCAGCCACUUCUAUGUCUACUACAACAGCCCCCGGUAAUAAACUGUUUACCAUACUAAAACCUUCUGGCCAACAAAAUUCGGCGAAACUUUAUAGCGUUUUAAAAACCAGCAACGUUACCACAACAAUAACACCCAGUCAAACCACAAUGACGACGUCUGGAGAGGCUCAAAAAUUCAAUCUUAAUAAACAAGCUCUUCUUCAACAACAACAGAAAAUGUUUCACCAGAAACAAUUGCAAAAAUCCAAAACCGCCUCAGGAACGUCGCCGACGUCUACUGCGAUCGUUGUCAAAUCAUCAUCAUCAUCAUCGUCAUAUUAUCCCAUCAAGAUUAAAGAGGAACCCUUAGAGUUUCCUGAUAACUCCACCACCGCCACCGAUAAAUGCAUCUCAUCGCCAUCAUCAUCCUCAUUGCUUGCUCCAUCUACAUCCACAUCAACAUCAAUAGCAUUACAGCCUUUAUCUAUGGUCCCCACAGAACUGCAGGAUGAUCCGAAUAAAAUCGAUUUGGUGGCGGGAGUUCGUCGUAAACACUGCAAUUGUAGCAAAUCACAGUGUCUUAAAUUGUAUUGCGAUUGUUUUGCCAAUGGCGAAUUUUGCCAGGACUGUACGUGCAAGGAUUGCUUUAAUAAUCUGGAGAAUGAGGACGAACGCCAAAGAGCCAUAAGGAGUUGUUUGGAAAGGAACCCCAGCGCGUUUAAGCCAAAAAUAACAUCGUCCAGCGAUCAAGGCGACAUGCGUUUACACAACAAAGGCUGCAAUUGCAAACGUUCUGGAUGUUUGAAAAAUUAUUGUGAAUGUUAUGAGGCAAAAAUUCCCUGCAGUUCAAAUUGUAAAUGUGUGGGAUGUCGCAAUGUUGAAGACCGCCCUGAUUUGGACCUAGAUCCCGUGGAUCCCAAAUUAAUGGCUACCAUGGCAAAUGUCUCGGCAAACGCUGCAAAUCAAAAACGUGGCUAUGAUAAAACACAAAAUGUAUUUAUAAAAACUGAAAAGUAUGGCAAAGACGGCAUUAAAUCGGAGGCUGGUAUCGAAAGCGGCAUGGAUCCUCAGAGCAACAAGGAUGUGCUCAUGGUUGCCGAGCAGCCACAAUGCAAUUUUAUAACACAAGAGGUGGUUGAUGCCACCAUACAGUGCAUGGUCACCCAAGCAGAUGAGUGUGAGAAGAAUGGUUUGCCCGCUUAUCAAAUGGAAAAAAUGGUGAUGGAGGAACUGGGAAGAUGUCUGGUGGAAAUUAUAGAUUUUUCCAUACGCAACACAGAUACUAGUUAUACACAGGACUAGAAUAAAACAAACAUAAGUUGUAACUUUUAAAAUUGUUAAAUAUUUUUAAAUAUAUAAAAAAUAAAACCAUAAAAUAUAUAUAAACAAUAA